AAAUUGCAUAUAAAUGCGUGUUGCAUCCAUCAGUCCUCACUCUUAACGCUGAAAUCGACGAAGCCAAGUAAAAGUAAGGACAACUAAGUUUCUAAUCCACACGACAACGAGGAAACGCCAACAUUUUCAAGAUGACUAACGGAUUAACAAUCACCGCCUGCAUUGUAUGUUUAAUCGUAUGUGUAACUGCUGAUUGCUUCAGAGAAAUUGGAUGCUCUCGCAAGGGUAAAGAAUUUGAAAUAGGAAAAAGAUGGAGAUCAAGAGAACAUCAAUGUCAUAGCUGCAAGUGCGUGGAAGCCAAGAAAUAUGUGCUGGAAUGUCAAGUUGCCAUCGAGAAGAAAAUUAAAGAUUCCGUGAAAAAAAGUAAAUUAUCGGCGCACUUUGACACUUCGAUCCAGUAUGCAGAAGAUGAAGAUGUUAAAAUUACGGAAAAAGAAGCAAAAGACAAAAAAUGUCCCCCUACCAAAGCACCGACAUAUAACUGGGCUACCGGUACUUUCGACCCCUUCACAUACAAGACAGUAUAUUAUUACUACACAAGAAAAGAAUCCAGAUGUUGCAGCCGUUCCGUUCAUUUUACCAACAUUCAUCCUUCGUGUAAAGUUGUCAAGGUCAACAAAUGCAGAUCAAAAGUUGUAAAAAAAUCGAAUCCAAAAGAAAGAUGCUUCAUGUCGAUGUCUUUCAAAGGCUGAGAUGCGUUGAAUUUCUAUUGGUUAAGCAAGAACAGACGUUCUUGAUACACUGACCUUUCAGCACAGAUAUCAAAUACAAUUAUCGGGAUGACUCUGCUGCAAGAACUAGUCAUGAAAUUCACGCGUGUACUAUAUUUUUACUCCGAUUCUGACGGAUGCAUUUCUUAUUUUUAUUCGAUCUACUGUAAUAUUUAUAUUUUACGUUGGUUUUAUUCUGUUUGCGUUUUAAAGUUCUUCUAGUUAGAUUAUAAUAGAUUUUCUAAUCGGAAACUGUAAUAUCCUCACAAUCCUAAUAUGUAAGAUAUGACAUGAUACGAUGGAAAUAUUGUUCCAAUUAUUGUUUUUCGUUCUUUUUUCUUUAUCGGUUUAUCAUGCAUAUAUGAAAUAUUAUUCAGAUUUGUGUCAACAAAAUAUACAUACAACGAUUUUA